AUGUCGGCUGUAGAGUAUCAAUCAGAUGGAGGAGAAAGCAGCUCAAGCUUUGGUCAAUCGAGCGCACAAGGGGAGGGCAAAGAGCCAGAGAGGAAUAGGUGAGUUGCCGAGCAUUUGCUCUGGGAGCAAGUGCAGACCAUUCAGCAAUCGAAAAAAGGGUUCCAGGUAUCGCGGCAGCAGCUCAAGCGUUUGGCUAUCUGGUGCAAGGGCCCAACUCCAUUUUGCCAUCGAAUGCCUUGUGGCUGGCUCACAGAAGCAGCGGAGGACCUGCGCUGCUACUCACAGAGGCAUGGGUGCCGCAGGACGCAGCCGCAGCCACUGCUCCUCGAGUCGCACAUGGCCAGCCGGCAAGCUGUCCAUCAGUCGUCUUGACUUUGCAGCUAUGCGCUGAGUUCGCUUUAUCUGUGUCAAGAGCUAUGCCCGGCGAGCAAGCCAGAUGCUUCCACCAUGUCUCUGCGGCUCAGCUGACUCUCUUUUUGUGGAAAUUCACAAUUUCCUACCCUCAGCGUCAUCAUCAAAGUCGGAAUGGUGGGCGACUCGCAGAUUGGCAAGACGAGCUUGAUGGUCCGCUAUGUGGAAGGCAGUUUCAACGAAGAUUACAUUCAGACAUUGGGUGAGUCGCAAAGGCGGCGCGGAAAGUCGGCUUGGCGGCAGACCUCGUAUGCUAACGACUUUGCUUCCUCAUAAUGGGUGCUGGACGAUUUGAUCGUCAGGCGUGAACUUUAUGGAGAAGACGAUCAGCAUACGGAACACAGAAAUCACCUUCAGUAUCUGGGAUCUGGGCGGUAAGUGCGGAGACCGGCUCCGAGCGCUGAAGUCACAGGUCACAACGCAGCAAAUUGACUCUCCGCGAUUCUGAUUUGCUGUACAGGCCAGCGAGAGUUUGUCAACAUGCUGCCGCUCGUUUGCAACGAUGCGGUAGCCAUCCUGUUCAUGUUUGACUUGUCGCGCAAAUCCACACUGAACUCGGUCAAAGAGUGGUACAGGCAGGCGAGAGGUUUCAACAAGACAGCCAUACCUUUCUUGGUAGGCACAAAGUACGAUGCGUUUGCUGCUUUCCCCAAGGAGGAACAGGAGGAGAUUACUAGACAGGUGAGGGCGACCUUGUUGAGGUCAAUUUCGCAUUCAGACGGGUUCGUGACGCUGAGUCAAAUCCCUGCUCUGUGCUGCGCGGCUCCAACAGGCUAGAAGAUUUGCGAGGGCUAUGAAAGCACCCCUCAUCUUCUCCUCGACAUCACAUAGCAUCAACGUCCAGAAGAUCUUCAAGGUAAGCUCUAGCAGCACUUGUGGCUUUGCGCUUUCUGGUCCGAAAGUCUGGCUAAUGAAUACCCGACGCGUUUCCGACAUUUUGUGGACAGAUCAUCCUCUCCAAGGUGAGCGUCAGAUCGCUCUGCAUCAUCGUGAGCGCAGUGCGUCGCUGUGACUGCCAGCUCACCGACCUUUGUCCUCGCGCGCGCAGGCCUUCGAUCUGAAAUGCACAAUCCCAGAAAUCAAGGGUGUGGGAGAGCCACUGUUGAUAUAUGUGAGUAAAUGUCAGUGCACGAGCUUUGAUCUCGACAGUUGUUUUUGUAUUCCCCCGUAACGCUCCGCCGUCCAUCUUUGCUGACCUAGCCAAUGCACCGUCCCCCUCUCCUCGUGCAGGUGGAUGUUUAG